AUGCCGAGUGACCCGCUCGCCGGGACGGUCAUCGAAACCGAUGGUCCCUCGCCGAGUGCGACGACGCCCUCGAUGAGCAGCGCCAACGUCGUCCCUUCGGGCGGUGACAUCUCCAUGAGCGGCGGCUCUCCGAGCUCCAUGUACUCAUCGGGUGCGUACUACAACCCGACGCUCGGCGCUCACCUCCGCGCCACCUACACGACGCAGAGCUACGGCCAAGAAGAUGGUCAGUUGUCGCUCGGCACAAUGAAGCUGUUCGGUGCGGACGGCGGCAUGUCGUUCAUCGACGGCCAAGUCACGAUGAACGACGCCUCGAACGUCGGCUACAACCUCGGCAUCGGCUACCGCUGGAUGACGCUGCCGCUCUUUCCGUUCAGCCCCGAUAGCCAGAAGAUCGGCGGCGUCAGCCUCUGGUCGGACGGCCUGAGCAAGGGUGACGGCACCUUCUUCCCGCAGGUCGGCGUGUCGCUCGAACUGUUGGGCGACCACCUCGACUUCCGCGCCAACGGCUACAUGCCGGUCGGCGAACGCACGCAGACGCGUGACUUCUUCCAGACGGGGCAGCUGACGUACUCCGGCAACUCGCUCGCCACGCAGCUGCAGGGCGUCGCGGAUACGGCGCUGAACAUCGGCGAAGUAGAACUCGCCGGACGGAUCGCCAACUACGACGCCUGGGUCUUCGGCGGCGGCUACGGCUUUAGCGGCGGCGAGUUCGAGGGCGGCGGCGGCAAGGUGGGUCUGCGUGGCUACGCGACGCCCGACCUGAUGGUCUCGGUCGCGAUCGCCAAUGACAGCGAGUUCGACACCAACACCCUCGUCAACCUUACGUGGUUCAUCGGACGCACCCGAGCGGAGAACUGCCCGCGGGGCGAGCUCAGCGACCGCUUCCGAGAGCCGGUCCUCCGCAACAACUACGUCGCGUUGCAGCAGUCGACGGUCUUCGAGGCUGGCGGGCCGUUGCUUGAUGAAGACGGCCAAGCCUUCCGCAUCGUCCACGUCGAUAGUUCCGCCGCGCCGGGCGGCGACGGCUCGUUCGAGAACCCCCUCGACUCGAUCGGCGACAUCCUCACCAACAGCCAGACGGGCGACAUCGUCCUCGCUCACGGCGGCAGCGUCUUUAGUGGACAGUCGGCGGUGCUCCAGAACGAGCAACUCUUCGUCGGCGAAGGCGGCAACAACCCCUUCACGGUCACGCAGUUCGGCGGUCGGAUGUUCACGCUGCCCGAGACCGCGCCCGGCGCCCUGGCGGGCCCCGUGCCGCAGAUCAACAACCCCACCACCGCCGGCGUCGUCCUCGCUGACGACAACACGAUCC